GCGGCCGGUGGGGCCCAUUGCUCCUGCGCGCCGAGCGGUGCAUUUUGGGACUUGUAGUUUUCUGGGACCGGAUCGUGAGCUUUGUGGUUUAUGCGCCGACCCUGAACCAGGGGCUCUGCUCCCGGGAGCCAUGGGACCAAGGCCCUGAGCAAGUGUGCAGUUCUACAACUCGAGCUUGCGUCUGCCACCUCUGGGCUCUCUGCACCUGACCUCCCAGCUCCUUCUCUUCAUGCGCUGGUCUGGGAGGGCCCUUCCUUGAUCAGGAGUCAAUUCACAGGUGGCCCACCAUGAACUGGAAGGCCAUCGAACAUGUGCCCGUGCUGCUGUAUAUCUUGGCAGCAAAAACGUUAAUUCUCUGCCUGGCAUUUGCUGCUGUGAAAAUCUACCAGAGGAAGAGAUUGGAAGCAAAACAGCAGAAGCUGGAGGGUGAGAAGAAGGAGCAAUCUGAGAAGAAGGAAAACUAAAGGGAGGUGCCAGCAGGGAGCUGGAUCAGAAGUCAAGCAGCUGGGACUUGAACCAUCACUUUUACAGGAUACCAGUGCUCACAGGAGGUGGAUUAAUCUUCACCCUAAUGUCAGUCCUUCUGCCUUCCAAAUAAAAUAAAAAUUUAAAAAGAACGAAACUCCCGCAGGUGAUUGCUACAUAGUGCUCACAACAGACAGGUGCCUGUGGAAGCCUCUGGUCUAGCUGCCUGCAUGGCACUGCCUGCCGUGCACAAGCCAUGCCUCCCGUGCCACUGCCUGCUUCUGGCAGUAGCGACUCCCUAACAGCGAUGCUGGUCUUGUUGAUGUUGAAGACAUGGAGUGCCACUUCCCAAGAGAUUCUUCCCGGCCGGGCGUUUUGCUAAGCUGGCUUUGCAUAUCUGGCCGUCCUAGGCAGUGUUUCACCAAACCUCUGAGGUGUGUUCACAUUCAGAGGAGUGGCCCACACCAGGUGUGGUGAAGAGCCGAACCACGGCCUGAACCCAUGUCAGGCAUGUCUAACUACUGUACCACCCUGGGCUGUGUGGCUUCCCCAGGGCCUGAGGCUGAGCCCGAGGCAGCGAGCACUUCUCUCUACUGCUGCUCGCUCCCUGGUGUUCACCCCAGCGUGGUGGUCCCAGAUGGGCUCCAGGCUUUUGCCUGUUUCACAGCCUUGCCUGGCUUCUCUUUUAGGCUGUCUGGUUGACUGACACUCAGAGGUAGGCGCUACUAGGAAGGGCGAGAGGGCGCAAUGAGGGCAACAGAAGGCUGUUUGAUGUAAGGUGCCAUUGCUUGCAGUCAUAUAUCCCCACCAGAGUCAGCGCUUUAUGCUUUAAGCUGAAGAAACACAGAGCGGAUGUGGGGCCCUGUGUGCUUGUUUCUGGCGACAGCCAUCCCCCGAGACACAUCAGUGAAGUCAGGGACGGGGGCUUGUGCAAGUGGACACAAACUGACCAAGGGGCUCACUGUGCUGCGUCAGGAGAGACGUUACAGAAAAGCCUUUGUUAGAAGGAAAAUGGUGCAGCUCAGGGCUUUCGGCUGAUCGCAUAUCUCAACGCUGAACGGUGCAGGUUGCUGUUGAGCAGGUGAAACACUAGCUGCCAUUCUCAAACUUUCCUUCUGUCCCCCUUGGUC